GUCUCUGGCAACCCGGGGGAAAAGAGGCAAGAUGCUGGCAAAAAUCCUUGAGGACAUGUGGGUGGACCCCGAGGUGCUGGAGGCCCUCAGCGAGGAGCAGAAGAGGAUCCUCUUCUUGAAGAUGAGAGAGGAGCAGGUGCGCCGCUGGAGAGAGCGAGAGGAGAGGGAGGAGAGGGAGGGAAGAGACGACAGCAGGCCAAAGAAAGCUUACAGUAAACAUGUGAGCUGGCUGCUCGGACGGGACGGAGACGUGAGCGUCAGUGUGAUCGGGGAGGUGGACGAGUUCAGGUCCUCCAAACUCCUCCAGAGCCUCAUGAGCACCAGAGUGCGCAGUGAUAAUAUGAAUGGCAUCCAGACAUCCGACUUGGUGCCAGGAAGAGAGGCCCAGCAGCUCGGCUUUAAAGAAGACAUCCAGCUGUCCCUCACAGAUGUUAGCGAUGAGCCGUCUUCACUCCGCCGCCAGUCAUCUGAGGAGGACAUAGAGUCCUGCGGUGCUGAGGACGACCUGAAGGACCCCACCGAGGACAGCGACUGCGAAUCAGGCGGUAGCUUGGACAACCACAGCGACUGGGCUCCUCUCUACAGGCCCCAUCUUAGUAACCACAGCAACCAGCCGCCACUCAAAGCCCAGCAGCUGUCAGACACAGAGAGGGUCGAACCAGAGGACAGAGAGAUUGGGUGUUGUGAAGGGAAGAAGUCCGAGUAUGGAGGCCGCGUGGCGCAGAUCAGGAAGGCCUUCACAGAUGAUCAUCGCAGCGUGUCACGUCCCUACAGCAAACCUCCUUUACCUGCCAAACCCGCUCACCUACAGAGAGGAAGCACACCUUUGAUCCACUAGGAGCGAAGGUGCCUCCACCCUGAUGCAAGACUUUACUUGAACCCAAACAGGCAAAGUGAACUAAGUGUAAUGAGCCAUGUCGGAAAAUAAUGGCUCGGUCCGACGCCGAGGCCUCACACGUAUGAAGAAGAGGAUCCUCACUUGAACCUGAGCUGUGCACUUUGUUAGGGCCUCGACAGACAGAGGAACGUCUGGGGGUGGAGAGAGAGAAAGACUUGAAAGCUUUUCGACUGAAGUCCACCUGAAUGAUAAAAACGAAGCAGCUUUGAUGUAGUUCAAAUAUGCUCACAGGGCUCCUGUGAUUGACAGGCGGACGCGGAGAGAGACGUCCAGAGAGACGCAGACUGUUGACUACAGGUGAAAAAAAAAAAAAAACAGCAGUUCACUUGUUCAAUGAGUGUUGAUGAGGAUUUAUCAUUCAGAUGUCAUAAGCAGAGUGAGAACUGGAACAUUUAUGUGAUAUAAAUCAUAUUCAGGUGCUGUCCUGUUGUGUUCAAAAGCGUGUGUUCAAACUGUUUGCAAUGUGUUCCAUGUAACGUGUCACUAUACUGUUGUAGCUAAUCUGACAGCAACGUCUUCAUCCAGCAUACCAGCUGCAGUCUCACAAUGGUGCAGGGGAUAAAAUAAAAAGGACUCAUUCUAUGGUAAA